UGUGCUACAUUAUCAAGAGCCGUUGUAGCCCAUACUUACUGGACAGCAGAGAUUUCCAGUGCAUACAUAUAGAGCAAAGCAACAGAGAAAAAUAUUUCCAUUUAUAUCCCGCAGCAAAAUACUUCGAUUUUUGAAAUGUUCAGAGACAAAAAAAUAUUGUAUAUUGUUGAUGAUAUACUAGAAGAUUUAAACUUUGAGGCUGUAUCAGUUUUAGAGCGGAUGACAGAUUCUUGUUUCCAUAACUUAAGUUAAAAAAAUAAGGUGAAAAACAUGAGAUAAAAUACGGAUAAAAACUGUAAGUGGAUUGGCUUUAAAACGAACCAACUUGAUUGUAAAGUCCUUUGUCAACUGUUAACAAGAAUCAAUAUGUAUGGACUUAUCUUGGAGAAUCUCUGUAAGUACAUUUGUACGAAGUACGGAGAAGACAAAUGGGAAGAAAUACGGCGACUGGCGAAGGUGGAACAAAACAGCUUCACCACACACCAGGUUUAUCCAGACUGUUAUAUCCCAAAGCUGACAGCUAUGGCUUGCCAGGUUUUAAAUGUCUCUGAAGAAGAUUUUCUAGUGGCCAUGGGAGUCAGUUUUGUUUCCUUUGUCGGCCAAUAUGGCUACGACCAGGUCUUGUCAGUUUUAGGUCGCCAUAUGAGAGAUUUUUUGAAUGGCUUAGACAAUCUCCAUGAAUAUUUGAAAUUCAGCUAUCCACAGAUGAAUGCCCCUUCAUUUUUUUGUGAAAACGAAACCGCUUAUGGCCUGACUCUUCAUUACCGAAGCUCUCGUCAAGGUUAUCUAUGGUAUACCAUAGGGCAGAUAAAAGAGGUUGGACGCCAUUUCUAUGACACAGACGUUCAUGUUGAAGUGCUCAGAGAAGAAAAAUCUGGGAACAGUGUACAUGUUAUAAUGCACCUUACCUUUGAUAACACCGCUUUUCAGUUAGAAUAUCAACAGCAAACAGCUGAAGUAGACAGGUUUAUGCUUCCCAUUAAAGCCUGUUUGUUUCUUGAAAUAUUUCCGUUUUCAAUUGUUUUCGACAAGAAACUUCUGAUUAAAAGUAUAGGAAACAGCCUUCAAAACGUAAUGCCGAGCCUGAUGGGCCAAAGAUUACCGGACGUUUUCGAUCUAACCCGGCCAGUGAUAGAGUUUUCAUGGAAAUCGAUAAUGAGUCAUACCAACAACAUUUUUGAGCUACAAACUGUCAAGCCCGUUCUACCUGAGGCUACAAGUUGUGAAGAUAACAUUAAUAAUUCAAUAGAAAGUUGUUCCAGCCUCAAUAACCAAGAUAAGAAAGCAGAUUCAUAUCCCGAGAAUCAGUUACUACACCUGAAAGGCCAAAUGAUGUAUAUGGAGGAAUGGAAAAAUAUUGUAUACCUCGGGUCGCCGGUAAUCAGAGACCUGGACUCUAUGAUCAAAACGGAAAUCUUCAUCAAUGACUUGAGCAUGCACGACUUUAGCAGGGACAUGGUGUUAGCUGGCCAACAACAAUCUGCUGAACUAAAGCUUGCAUUAGAUCAGGAGCUUCAGAAAAGUAAGCAGCUUGAGAAAUCCAUGAAAAAGUUGGACAAGGAAAUGAAGAGGACUGACGAACUGUUGUAUCAGAUGAUUCCAAAACAGGUAGCUGAUAGACUGAGGAAAGGAGAAGCAUCUGUGGAUACAUGCCAGGACUUUGACUCCGUGACUAUCCUCUUCAGCGACGUCGUUACCUUUACCGAAAUUUGCUCCAGAAUUACACCGAUGGAGGUCGUGACAAUGUUAAAUUCAAUGUAUAGUUUGUUUGAUCAAUUAACUGAACGACACGGGGUGUAUAAGGUGGAAACAGUCGGCGAUGCGUACAUGGUAGUUUCAGGUGCGCCAGAGUGUAAUUCAAAACAUGCUGAGAAAAUCUGCGACAUGGCGUUAGACAUGGUGGACAUUAUAGGGGACCUUCAUGAUCCCUCUACCGGUAAAAGUUUACAGAUUCGUGUGGGCAUUCACUCUGGAAUGGUAGUUGCUGGAGUUGUUGGCCUUAAGAUGCCUAGGUACUGUUUAUUUGGAGAUACUGUAAAUACAGCAUCUCGCAUGGAAAGUACGAGUGAGGCAUUAAAGAUUCAUAUCAGUGAACUGACGAAGGACUUACUUAAUGCAAAUGAAUGGAAUUUAUCCGAGCGAGGAACAAUAUUGAUUAAAGGUAAGGGGGAAAUGAAAACAUAUUGGCUUCAUGGAAGAAAACGAAGAAAAAACUUAAGGAGCAGCAAAUCUAAGAAUCACAAAGAAGAAUUACAGGCUACGUCAAACCUAGGUCUGAACACUUCUACAAAAGACUCUUUAUGUUCUUCAUUUUCAAUGGAAACAAAAGACAAUUUCUUUUCAAACCAAUUCUCUUCUAGCUGUUUUACUCCUAAUCAUGACGAAGAAUCAAACGAGACAAUGGUUCACUCGCAGUCUGUGACAUCGCUUUGUUCUAACCGUCAUAUUGGACAGAAAUUUACAAAUAGUUCACAGGUACCCAGCGUUCUGUCUGUGAGCACCCAAACUAGUCCUCUUCCUUUCUCUCAGUUUCGUCGAGUAAGCUUUUGGCAAAACUGCGGUCUACUUCAAAGUAAAAAAGCUUGGGAAAAUGAAAUAUUUUAUCCUCUACUCAAUAGUGUUGCAGAAAAAAAAGUAACUGUUGUUGCUCUUGCUCGCCUCGUCAACUCCGGAAAUCAAAUUUGAAUUUGAAUUGCUUAACCAUAAGUCAUCCCACCCAAGAUACUUCUUCCCGUGGUCUGACCUUCAAAAUAAUUAGAAGGAAUUGCACACAAGAUUUAACAGAAGUUAAUGGCAAUUGUUGCUGUUUUGGCGUUUCAUCAGAGCCAGAAUACACAAGGAAAUGCCGUUUAUGCUCUAUUCUGUAAAGAAAAAAUUAUAAUAAUUAAAAAAAGUCAACCAUAUAAAAUGUAAAAUUGUCUCUAGCUAUUUAGAAAGUGGCA